AUGAUAAUGAAGAUGUCACCUGUGAAGACAUGUGUUCUUGCAAUGCCAAAAAAUGGAAUUGGAUUGUUCCCAGAUGUGUGUUUUGCUUAUACAGAAGCUAAGAGUCUAGGCCAACAGAUUGGUAAUGGAGUUUUGAGGAAGACUACAAACGAAAUGGAACUUAAUGGUCAAAUGGAAGGCUUGCAAUCUUGGGUCUCAAACCACAAGCUUACCAGCAUUGGCACAAUUUGGGCAACAGCAGUUGCUACAUCAAUGGCUUACACAAGUGCUAAGAGAGAUGCAUUUAAGCCUAACGAUGCAUGCAUUAGGUUUAACGUUGGUAGUUCAACUUUCAGUUGGGUUUAA